AUGGUAGAACCAGACAUGCAGAAGAAGGCAGGUGGCAGUGGUGGUUCUGAGUUGGAUGCCUUGAACGCCAUCAACAACAAUAAUAAACAAGGGGCUCCGAACAAUAAAAGGAAUCCGGUGAAUAAGAAGAAGGUAGGGAACAAGAUCCCAAGUGAAAAAGAUAACACGCAUAAUUAUCACGGACAAAACCGCAGGAAAAGUAACAAACAACAGAAGUUGAAGCCACCUUACAAGGAAACUACUGCUGAUAUUAACAAUCAGGAUAUUGAUUUGUCUAUUCAGGAGGAAAUUCUUGGUGGUAAUUUUAAAUUAAGAGGUAGGAAAACUCAGGUUUCAAUUAAUCAUCUGUUGAACUUCCAAUUGCCUGAAGUUGAAAGGGAAAAAAAUAGGUCAACCUCUGGUAAGAAGUUAAAUAGAAGACGCGAUGAGCACGUGCAUUUACAUGGUGACACGUUUGUUAAUGUUAAUUAUCGUCUUUUGGUGGAUGAUCGGUUUGACUAUCCACAGCAAAGCAGUGACCCCAAUAUUCCCGUCGAUCAAGAAAAGAUUCUAAGAGUUAUAGUGCCUAAGGGUCAGAAUUGUUCCAUUUGUCUUAGCGAUGAACCGGUGGCUCCCCGAAUGGUUACUUGUGGCCAUAUUUUCUGUUUGAGUUGUCUUUUGAAUUUUUUCUCUAUUGAAGAAACCAUUAAAAAUAAGGAAACUGGAUAUCUAAAGAAGAAGAAAUAUAAAGAAUGCCCACUCUGUGGAAGCAUUAUUGGCCCUAAAAGAGUCAAGCCUGUCCUGUAUGAAGACGACUUUGAUGUAGCUAGGUUAAACGAAAAACCUGAACCCGGUGCCACAGUGUACUUACAAUUGAUGUGUAAGCCACAUGGUUCUCUACUACCUCUACCAGUAACAUUAAAUUUAGAUCCACUAAAAUGCGGAAAUUUUCCUCCCGCAAGUUUAGGAUCGAUAAAGCAUUACGCCCAUAUCAUGAAAUGUGGUGUGUCGUUUUCCUUGGAUCUUUAUCAAAAGGACAUCGUGGCUAUUCAGGAGCAAUAUGAAAUUGACAAGGCCAUUUAUAAUGAUAGCGGAAAAUUUGUUAAGCGAUCUAUUGAGAAUAUUAAUGAUCAAAUUUCGACUUUACUGACAGCAACUACCAAUUUGAGCCCACUUUCUGACGAUAUCAACAGCGGUUUAGACAAUUUUCAUUUUGAUGACGACCUUUUAACUAAAUAUGAUGAUACUUCUGCUUUUUUCUUCUACCAAACCUUGGUGGCAUCGUCUACAAAGUAUUUCUUGUCUCCACUGGACGUGAAAAUCUUAUUGACUAUUUUCCAUAGUUAUUCCAAGUUUCCAGGAAGCAUUGAGGCGACGAUCGAAAAUAUACAUUAUGAUACGGUAGUAACGGAGCAAUUGAUUCGCCGCUACAAAUACAUUAGUCAUCUUCCUAUUGGCACUGAGAUUGCACUUCUAGACUUGGACUGGCGUAGGAUACCGUUCCUCCCUAAAGAUAUUUACGAACAGUUUGCACACGAGCUAAAACAACGUCGAAGAAAGUUCACAAUGAAAAAGCAAAAGGAGGAUAAAGAAAAGAAAUUAUAUGAGAAAAAGCUAGAACAAGAACAUGCUGAGUUUUACAGAAAGGAAAAUGGCAACUCUCUAAAGUUUGAAGACUCUGUGGAGAUGGCUACCCAUUAUGAAUCCAUGGUAAGUUCAUCUGUACCUCUCAACUCUUUAGGAAUUUCCGUGCUAGGGUCACCAAGGAAUACCUGCUCUAAUCCUCAAAAGAAUAAACAUUCUCAUACUGAAAGAACAAUUUGGGGCACAUCAAUUGCUGUGACAGAAGACGAAAAGGCAUCAAAGGAGAACAAAGAAUUCCAGGAUAUGCUAUUGCAACGAAUAAGGCAGGAAGAUAGCUCAGACGCUACGAAUUCAACAUGUUCUUCUCUUACAAGUAAUGGCAGGAGAGGCAAGAAGAAAAAGGGUAAAGUCAUGCUAUUCAGUAGUAACCAUCAAGCUUUGGGUUAA